AUGUCUGGUAAAGUUUACGUUGUUUCUGCCGUUAGAACUCCUUUAGGUUCUUUCCAAGGUGGUUUAUCUCCAAAGACAGCUGUUGAAUUGGGUGCUACUGCUGUUAAGGCUGCUGCUGAAAGAGUUCCUCAAUUGAAUGUCGAAAAGGACUUCGAUGAGAUCAUUUUUGGUAAUGUUAUGACUGCCAACAACGGUCAAAACCCUGCCAGACAAGUUGCUUUGACUGCUGGUUUGGAUAAGCAUAUUGUUGCCACUACCGUCAAUAAGGUUUGUGCUUCAGGUAUGAAAGCUAUUAUUUUAGGUUCUCAAACCAUCUUAUGUGGUAAUGCUGAUGUCGUCGUUGUUGGUGGUACUGAAUCAAUGACUAACGUUCCAUACUACGUCCCUUCUGCUAGAGGUGGUGCCAGAUUCGGUGAAACUAAAAUGAUCGAUGGUAUUCAAAGAGAUGGUAUCAACGACGCUUACGAUGGCUUGGCAAUGGGUGUCCAUGCUGAAAAAUGUGCUCGUGACUGGGAAAUUACUAGAGAUGAACAAGAUAGUUUCGCUAUUGCUUCUUAUCAAAAGGCUCAAAAGGCUCAAAACGAUGGUAAAUUUGACAAUGAAAUUGUUCCAGUUACCAUUAAAGGUUUCAGAGGUAAACCAGAUACCCAAAUUACCAAAGAUGAAGAACCAGCUAAUUUGAAGGUUGACAAAUUGAGAUCUGCCAGAACUGUCUUCCAAAAGGAAAACGGUACUGUUACUGCUCCAAAUGCCUCUCCAUUAAAUGAUGGUGCUGCUGCUUUGAUUUUAGUCUCUGAAAGAAAAUUAAAAGAAUUGAACUUGAAACCUUUAGCUACAAUUAAAGGUUGGGGUGAAGCUGCUCACGAACCAGCUGAUUUCACCUGGGCCCCAUCUUUAGCUGUUCCAAAGGCUUUAACCCAUGCUGGUAUUGCUCAAGACGAUGUCGAUUUCUUCGAAUUUAAUGAAGCUUUCUCUGUUGUUGGUGUCGCUAAUCCAAAGAUCUUGAAAAUUAACCAAGAUAAAGUUAAUGUUUACGGUGGUGCUGUCGCUUUGGGUCAUCCAUUAGGUUGUUCAGGUGCUAGAGUCAUUGUUACUUUGAUCUCUGUUUUGCAUCAAGAAAAUGGUAAAUUAGGUGUCGGUGCUAUCUGUAACGGUGGUGGUGGUGCUUCUUCUGUCGUCAUCGAAAAGGCUUAA